UGUCUGUGAUCACAGAGCCUGUAGAUGCAGCGGUCUCCGCAGGGAAGCUUUUGAUCAGUGAAGCUAUCAGUGGCAGAUUACACCCCACCAAAGCAAGCAUGGCCUCUGAUAUCAACUAUCAGGAUGGCCCAGACCUUUCUAGGAGAGAUGAGAGCCCCGCUGAAGAUGAGCCCAUCCAUUCACCCGCUUCCCUACGACAGACAGAAUAUGAACGAAUCGGAGGAAGAACAGGAUCCUCGUUUUCUCAGACUAUAAUUCAUUUACUUAAAGGAAAUAUUGGUACGGGACUCCUCGGCUUGCCUCUGGCUGUCAAGAAUGCAGGACUCGUGGUGGGGCCUUUAAGUCUUCUGGCUUUGGGAAUCGUGGCUGUACAUUGCAUGAACCUCCUUGUGAAAUGUGCACAUCAUCUAAGUGCAAAGAUGGGCAAGCCCUUUCUUUCUUACGGAGAUGCAGUGGAGUAUGGCAUGGAGAACGUGUCGUGGCUGAGCAGACACUCUUUGUGGGGAAGUAGGUUGUAUCAGACCGUGAAGCUGCUGUACUCUUUUGGGAUCUACAUCACUUAUGCGCUGCAGUUCUACGUGUCAGCAGAGAUCCUAAUCCCGCCGGCGGUGGCGCGCUGUGGUCCCAGAUGGGCGUUGAUGGUGGAUCUCGGCAUCCGCGUGGCUCUCGUAGGCCUCACAUGUGCUCUGGCCAUAUUGAUCCCGGAGCUUGACCUGGUCAUCUCUCUGGUGGGCUCCGUGAGCAGCAGCGCUCUGGCCCUCAUCAUCCCUCCCCUGCUUCAGAUCGUCACCUUCCAUAAUGAAGACAUGAGGCUCUGGGUGAUGGUCAAGGACAUCGGCAUCAGUCUCAUUGGCUUUGUGGGCUUUGUGGCGGGGACGUACAUCUCCAUCCAGGAGAUUGUGGCACGGAACAGCAGCAGACACAACGGCACACACCUGCAGCUGCUGUGAAACGCUGACGGAGCGACAGAUUAAAUGUAGGCCGUGCAGACCCACUGAAUCAUUUACUCACUACAUGCUCCUUUGAUUUCUGCUCAAUUCCGCUUGGGAUUCUUCUUUCUGAACGUCCGUAGAUUCUUUGUGUUUUCGUCCUUCGGUUUUUGUAGCACUGAAGUCUCUUCAUAUCGAGUUCCCAAGUUACUUUGGCUUCAAAGAACUCAUUUUUACUAAAUCUUUCGGGUCAAACAGCCUUUUAUCCCAAUUUUAAGGUGAAUAUUAAUGGAAUAAUAUCUAUAUUGCUCAUUUUAAUGUCUUGUUUACAGUGUUUGAAUGCCACAAACAGAUUCCUUUCACAUUCAUUUAGAAUUAACAGGUUCACAUGUGUUGUUUACUCAUUCUGAGUAGUUGCAAUUGGAAAGAAGUGACAUGAACUGUAAUUUCUGUUUGUAACUGUGUUUUUAUUUUAUUAGGACUCUUGUUUUCAAGACAAAAGGCGAGUUAUUUGCUUCUGCAUAUUACACACAGACUCAACCUAGACUUGAUUGUAAAUAUGUGGAAAUCCAGUCAAAGUACACACGUUUGCACAAUUACACAAUACCCAGUACCUCUCCCUCUCAACCAAUCUGCACUGUGUCUGCUGUUCUAGUUUUUUUCAUUGAUUUAUAUUUUUAAGUAAUGUUUUAUUGGUUUAUUUUAUUUGUGCCGUCUCACACAUCAAACAGUCUUUUAUAUUCAACAGGUGCCGUCAGUGAGUCAUCUUGUAGAGAUGAUAUAACUAUUGAUAUAACUUGAUUUUUUUUUUUUUUCAUCUACCAGCUGUAGUUUUUUGUCAGUAUCUACAUAUGGCCAGAUUUCAUUCCAGAUGUGCAGUAUAUAAUUGUUUUAAAACAGGCUC